AUGUCGAACAGCAACGGCCUCAAGUCAUUAUGGUCCAACACCGAUCAGUGGCAGCAGAUUGAAGAAUCCACCGACCAAGUUCUUGCCGGGGCGAACGGCACAACUAUAUCACAUUCCACCAUGCGGGAGCUUGCCCGCGAGUGCACCUGCGAUAUUGCCCACGAAGCUGAAGGGUUCAUGUGGGCUCUCUUUUACUUCCCCGUGGGCUUUAAGAAGAACGCCAACGUCACGGGCCAGGGCCCCGAGCGCCGAACAUUCAUGCGGCUCCGCUUCUGGGCGUUUCUAAUGUGGGUGUCCACGUUCGCGCACUUUUGUAUCUCCUUUGCCAGCUCAGCCGAUGACGGCGGCAAUAUUACCAACCGUUUUUCCUUCUUCUGCGGUGUCCUCCCGUCGCCGCAUUAG